AUGGUUCAGUUAUCAAUCUCUGAAUUUGGAGAUGACAAUUUUGCUGUUGGCAGCUGGGAAAACAAAGAAAUAAUAAGCCGUGAUGGACACCUGAAGCUACAUGCUCAAGUUUUCUUUGCUUCCAUUGAUCAGAGGAAUGAACGUGCUGCAGGCAAGAGUGCAUGUACUGCCCUUGUUGCUGUCAUUGCCAAUUGGUUGCAGUCCAAUCGAGAUGAAAUGCCGAUUAAAUAUGAAUUUGAUAAUCUCAUCAGGGAAGGAUCUCUAGAGUGGAGAAACCUCUGUGAGAAUGAGGAUUAUAUACGCCAAUUUCCUGACAAGCACUUUGAUCUCGAUACAGUCCUUCAAGCUAAAAUUCGUCCUCUAUCUAUGGUACCAGAGAAGUCUUUUGUUGGUUUUUUCCAUCCAGAAGGCCCGGAAGGAAAGGAUUUUGACUUCCUUCAGGGUGCGAUGUCAUUUGACAGCAUAUGGGAGGAGAUCAUUCGUUAUGGAUCCAACUCUCCUGGCAAUGUUGACCCUUCGAUUUAUAUCGUCAGUUGGAAUGACCAUUUUUUCGUGCUGAAGGUUGACCAUGAUGCUUACUAUAUCAUUGAUACUUUGGGGGAGAGACUUUAUGAGGGAUGCAACCAGGCCUAUGUCCUGAAAUUCGACAAAGACACUACAAUCCAGCGACUGCCAAAAGAGAUGAAACCUUCAGGUGAAAAAUCUGCUAGUGGUAAAGCACAAGGAAAUUCAUUGAAGGAGACGAAGCCUUCCGGCGAAAAAUCUGCUAGUGAUAAAGCACAAGGAAGUUCAUCGAAGGAGACUAAGCCUUCAGGUGAAAAAUCUGCUAUUGAUAAAGCACAAGGAAGUUCAUCGAAGGAAACUUCAGCGCAAGAGACUCAGAUAGUUUCCCAGAACGAGUCUCAAACCACUGAGGAAGAAGAGAUCGUGUGUAGAGGGAAGGAGUCGUGCAAAGAGUAUAUCAAGAGCUUCUUGGCUGCAGUCCCGUUACGCGAAUUGCAGGCUGAUAUAAAGAAGGGCUUGAUGGCAUCAACACCUCUUCAUCACCGGCUACAAAUCGAAUUCCACUAUACUAACUUGCUGCAGCCAGUGGUUGAGUUCUCAGCUAAUAAGGAAGCGACAGCUAAUGCGCCAGCGAUGGAAAUAGCAUUGGCCGUUACAUAGAGAGUGCUAUGGAGCUACCAUAAGGAGUGUACCGAAUUUUAUUAUUAAGUGUUAAUAUUAUGUUUGAGCUUUCUA